AGAACCGACGGCGAACAGAAACAGACAGACAGAGGCAGACGGGAUCGGCCAGUUUGGAGCUACAAGCAGCUGUUCAGGAUCAAGAGAAGAAGAUCCGACGAUCGCAAUUUUACUGCAGAGAAAAUGUGUAAAGCGAUGGUACAACGGACCGGCCCCCACCUGCUUCUCCUAAUGGCAGUGUGCAGUGUGUUAUACUCCCAGACUCUGAGUCUACCGUACGCAUCCACGAGACCGACGAGACAUGCAGACGGUUUGUUCACCAGCGGAUACAGCAAACUCCUGGGGCAGCUGUCGGCGAGGAGGUACCUGGAGUCUCUGAUCGGGAAGCGCGUCAGUGACAACCUGAUGGAGCCGGCAAAGCGCCACACGGACGCCAUCUUCACAGACAACUACAGCCGCUUCCGGAAACAGAAGGCGGCCAAGGAUUACCUGAACAAUCUCCUAGCGGGAAAGAGAGGGGAUGAAGGUCCAGGAACCAGUGCAGCGGAGGAGUCCAGAGAUGAGCCCAGCUCUUUCCAGGAGCUCUACAAUAACAUCAACCUAAACCACCUCUAAACAACCUUCAACUGUCACUUUGAGGAGGGGUCCACGUUGGAAUGAAUACCUCUUCUCAUCUCAUAAAAAUGCUAUUUACAAAACAAACACACAAACAAAAAAAGAAAUAAACACCUUUUUUUUUAUUCACACACAUGGUAUUUGAUGCAAAAGACAUUCAGAAAGAUUGGACCAACGGUGGUAUGUUUUUCGGUGUGGCUAUUUAUCUAUCCAUCUACAUAGUACAUGUUUACAUUGUAUGUACGCAGUAUGUAUUCAGAUCAUGGUAACGGUUAAGGAUUCUGCAAGCAACACUGAGAUGCUUGUAGGUUUAUUUAAAAUGGGGGCCACAUUUAUCUGUUUCCAGGUUUCGUUCUUUUUCCAAAAAGUUUCUGACAUUGGCAGUCAAAUGUAUUUUUUCCUUUCAACCGAAGAUGAACAUCCCGAUUUCCAAAGACGAUUCUCAGCUGUGUAAAGUCUUAAGAAAUUCUCACAGGUUCACAUUAGGAGACAGUCUGUUAUAGAGUCCAUCUGAUUUUCAGUGCCAUACAUCUCCAUAAGCUUUUUUUUUUGUCUUAAUGUCUGCAAAAAAUGGUGUUUAAAUUGGAAAGUUCACAAACAAAAACAAAUUUUCCUCUGGCCUACUGAUUUAUUGACUUAUUGACUCGUAAAUGCAAAUUUUUUUGGGAAUAUUAAUUGUAGAUUUUAACUUCUGGCAGAGCAAGUAGGAACUUCGUUUUAAAAAAAAUCACCCCCUAGCUAAAUAGUUGGUUAAAAACAGCAUGGUUCAGACAACAUCAUUUUGAAAGUUGUGUAAUUGGUGCACCUAUGUGUUUGCAUUAGACCUGUAGCACACAACUCUGUCAUUAAAAUGUGUAUUUCUGAUUAUUAAAUGCCUUUAAUUUCAAGCCAAUCACGUUCUGUAAGAUCUUCCAGUUUGUCAGCUGCAAAGGGACUUCCAUUGAUUUCUGCAUAUUGAGAAUUUCACAGUGCAACGAAAAACCUGACAUUUUUGCCGUUCUUGAAUGUUAAAUGAUAUAAAUUGUAACAAUGAGCCAUGGGCUCCGUUCAUUUCUAGUGGUGUGUUUUCUGGAACGAUUGCGGAGCGUUUUCAUCGAGUCUGUAAGCGAGUCUUUGGAUUGUGAAAGAAGGAGGCUGCAAGGAGAAGGGCUUGGAAAAACUCUGAAAGGACACAGAUGCAUAUAAUCACUUUAUACUAUUCAACAUAUAGAGCAAAGAGGUUUUCAUUGUGCGUGGAACUGCCUUGGGCACGUAUAGUGAUGAGUGACCAAAUAAAAGAUGUUGGUUUAUUUUUCAAAGCUGA